AAAGGAGUACAUUGAAUGCCAACAUGUAGAUCAAAUUUGGACAUAUAUUUUGAUAUGAGCCAAUAAUCAAUUCGAGAUUGUCUUGACCUAUUUUUGUUGGCCCAGGUAAAUUCUAAAUUGUUAGGUUAUCUUUUUCUCAAAAUGUCCACCAAACAAAGAGGCUUUUCAGCAGCUCAGUUAAACAUGAUGAUCCUGUUGUUUCCCUUCCCCGGUUUCACAGACAAGACUUUAAAUGCACAAUGUUAAAUUUUUAGAUUAAAAUAUCCAAAAAAACUCUAGAACAAUGGUAUGUAUUUUGUUUCCAAGAAUGUUUAAAUCCAAGAAAAUAAGCAAUUUUAACCAGGACGUGGACGCCUAUCAAUGACAUCAUACCCGCGUUACCCUCAGUUUCUGAUUUUAUUUUGUAGAAAUUAUAGAAAUACCAAAAAUUAAUAGAUUAUCCCCCGGUUAUCCGACCGCAUUCGACACAUGCGCAGUAGUUUUUUUCUAUGCUCUACCAGACAUCGGAGGGCAGCACUAGUCAUGCCAUCAAAGGGACAUUCACUGAUCAUGAUCGGAGAAGAAUAGUACUACAUCCUUUCCCAUAUUUUUACUUAUCUCUCUCCAUGAAUUUGCCCAUGUUCUUUCAAACAUGAAUUGUACAAAUGUGGGUACUUUCUAAUCUCUUCGCAGACGCUGGUCAAGUUCGCCGUCCAUUGUCGUGUUUUUUCUGUUUUUUCAAGCGUGUUGUUUUUAAACCGGUCUUUUCACACUCUUCUUCGACGGCUGAACACUGUGCUCAAUACUGUGCGUAUUGCCACCUCGUGAACUCUUCUAUACUGCUUGCGCAUGCGCUGUUGCACGUGGACUGUCCGCGCGGUCUCGAAAUUUGGGCUGCACGCGGCCAGGGUGUCGAAAAUUACGUCAUGCGGACGGUGCACGAACGCGGACGGCCGAAGUAUACCCGAGGCUUAAUGGUGCGUUCACACCAGACGCGAAUGAAGCGUUAUUUACGUUAAGUCAAUGCAAAGACGCAAACAGACAUCCUGAGGCGCGAUUCGCGCAAAUGAGGUGGCGCGAAUGACGCGGCGCAGAUUGAGCGUUUCGGGCGAAUCAUGCAAGUUGAAAAAUCUGAACUUUGGCGAAAAUUUGCGCUGCCAAUCAGGAGCUUGCUCUGGUAGUGACCGAGGCGAUCAUUGUCGCUGUAAGAUACAUCUUCAUACUUUUAUAGAAACAGGAAUAAAAAUGAUCUUGCUUGGAAGAAAGUGAGUAAGGAGGUCGGACAAUCUGAUCUGGUGUGUCCCACAACAAUUCACCAAUAAAUACUGGGAAUAUUCACAUCAUCCUAUAAGAGAAGGACAAACUCCAGGUGUAGCAGCUGAAAUCUGUGUGACUGUUAAAGAUGGAGUUUAUUAAAGAGGAGAUUGAAGACAUGAGUGAUCCAGAACCAUCCAGAAUAAAACAUGAAGAUACUGAAGAACAAAUAGACCACGUUCAUUCAGAUGAGAAGCCGUAUGUGUGUUCUCUCUGUGGAAUGAGUUUUUCUUGGCUGGUGAAUUUUAAACAGCACCAGAAAACACAUAAUGAAGUGAGAGAUCAUGUGUGCUUUGAAUGUGGAAAGAGCUUUACUGCAUCUACUCAACUGAAACGGCAUCAAAGAAUUCAUACUGGAGAAAGACCUUACAAGUGCUCAUAUUGUAACAAGAGUUUCACUCAGUCUGCACACUUGAAAUCACAUCAGCAACUUCACACUGGAGAGAAGCCGCACCACUGUACUCAUUGUGAGAAGAGUUUCAGAGAUUCAGCAAGUUUAAAAUAUCAUCUGCAGGUUCACACUGGAGAAAACCUUUUUAACUGUGAUCAGUGUGGUAAAGAUUUUAUUUCAUCAUCAAAUCUAAAACAACACUUGAAAGUUCAUACUGGAGAGAAGCCGUACUACUGUACUCAGUGUGAGAAGAGUUUCAGAUAUUCAGCAGGUUUAAAAUAUCAUCUGCUCUUUCACUCUGGAGAAAAACCAUUUAACUGUGAUCAGUGUGGUAAAGAAUUUGUUUCAUCAUCAAAUCUAAAACAACACCUGAAAGUUCAUUCAGGUGAGAAGCCUUAUGUGUGUUCUCUCUGUGGAAAGAGUUUUUCAUGGCUGAACAGUUUUAAACUGCACCAGAAAACACAUGAUGAAGUGAGAGAUCAUGUAUGCUUUGACUGUGGGAAGAGCUUUACUGCAGCUUACAAUCUAAAACAGCAUCAAAGAAUUCAUACUGGAGAAAAACCUUACAAGUGCUCAUAUUGUGACAAGAGUUUCACUCGGAUGGGAUCACUAAAAUCACAUGAGCGAGUUCAUACUGGAGAGAAGCCGUACCACUGUACUCGGUGUGAGAAGACUUUUAGAAAUUUAUACAGCCUUCACUUUCAUAUGAAAAAAUGUUAGAAGUGAGCAACAUUAGUUUUCAUGUAAAAUAUAUUCAAGUAAAUUCUCUGAGAUCAAAUGUUUAUACUGAAAGCACGGUAUUAUUUAAUUUUGUGAAUUUGGUGAAAAGCUCUGAAAACGUUUCAGCAGUCAACAUGUCUUAUACUGUAAAUUGUACUUUUUUCUGUCAGUAUUGAUUGUGUGCUUAGUAGGUCUUAUUUGAAGAAGAUAUAUUAAAUUAAUAUACUUUAUAUACUAAGUAUACUAUAUUGUGGUCUGAUUGUACAUACAAUUAUGAGAAAUAAAACAAACAUAUUGUCUUGAUCUAUUUAAUGAACAAAGAGUUGUUUAGUUUUAAUUGUUUUAGUUUGUUUAAUCACAAUUGUUCCCCCUAUACAGAAUGAACUUUCUGAAUGCUUAUAUUUAUAUCUUCUAAAUGCAAAUUUUGGCAUUGGAGCACACUAGCUUAUUGAUAACAAAGGCUAACAUAUUCAUACUAAAAGCCAAAAAACUUAAAUUUUGUCUUUUAAUGGGGACUUCAAGGGAUAGUUUCACUCUGUC